AUGGCGGAUCCAGGCUCUCCGAUGUCGCCUCCCUCGCCGAACCCGCCGUCCUCCAAGGGCGCGGCUGACUCCUUCGAGGAAAGGCCGACCGUGGCGACCAUGAGACCGCCUAGACCAGAAGUCCUCUGGAAGAAACAUGAUCGAAAAGCCAUGAAGACUGGUCAGCGAGGAACCAUCUACUGGGUUGGCAAACAGAUCAUCGCAGAGGAUGGCUCCAAGACUGGGCAGGUGGAGAAAGGAGCUAGCUACCAGGGCGAGUGGGAUAACAACGAGAAAAACGGCUAUGGCGUGCAGGUGUUCCCGAACGGCCAAAAGUAUGAAGGCCAAUGGGCGAACGGGAUGCGGAACGGCGAAGGAACUCUUUGGGUACCUUUCGGCAAGGCGAAGAAGCUUCGCAAGCUGUAUGUCGGCGGCUGGAAGAACGACAAGCGACACGGUCGUGGCACGUGCUUCUUCAAGGACGGGCAGUUCUUCCAGGGUGACUGGACCCAGGGCAAGAUGAACGGCCAGGGCCUGCUGCGAUACAGCAAUGGCGACCUGUACAUAGGCGAGUGGAGCAACGGCCUUCGAUCUGGGCAAGGAACCUUGACAAAGGCAAAUGGUGACUGCUACGAGGGCUUUUGGCUCAAUGACAAGAGAGAAGGUAGUGGAUCCUACUUUUAUGCCGAGAGCGGGAAGGUCUUCGUCGGAGAGUGGGUAAACGACCUGCCCAAGGCUGGGGUCUACACACAAGCGAACUCGAAUCCGGAGCAGGCCACGCCCGUCCCGCAGACUACGAUUCUGCCUACGCUCAUGCUGGCCUUCCCCAAUGAGGUUCUAGACGGAGCCCUCGCCGCAGUCCGAGAGCUGCAGCAUUUCUCGCCGGACUUUGCCGAAAGUGGAGAGCAGGUCGACGAGGCAGAGGACGAGUAUGGCAACGAAGUGGAUACUACAAGUAAUGCAGUGGGCAUAAGCAGAGCUGAAGAUACAGGUUUCAUGACAGACAGGAGCCCCACUAGAAUAAGCCACAUAUACAGGGGACGUGCUAGAAUGACCGCCCUGCGAACUGUUUCACUUGUCUCGUAG